AUGCCUUAAUAAGAUUAAGAAUUAUAAGCUAAUAACUGGGAAGUUAUUGAUAAUAAUUAAGAUUCAUAAGUUGACCUUGAAAAAAAUGGAAUAGAUUCUGAUAUGAAAUAUCUAAGAGUUACAGAAUAAGAAUAGGAAAAUAUUGGAAUACAUUAUAUAGAAACUAAGAUAAAAAAGGCACAAAAAAACAUUCGCAAUGAAGGCAAUGCAGAUGAUGAAACUAAUUAAUCUAGAUGCAUUGAUAAUAAUGAAUUGCCUAUGAAGUCUCUUGAUCUUUAAGAUAAGAUUUAAACUCAACAAAUCAAUUUCUAUACAGAAAGAGAGAUAAUGCCUCAAGGAAAUUUUCAAGAUAACAAAAUCCACCCUAUUGAAAUGACCUUAAUAGAUCAAGUUCCUCAAAAUUGUGUUGAGGUUUAAGAUGAAAACAUUUAAUGCGAGAUAUGCUAUGAAUUAAUUUAAACUCCUGACAUAAUCAAACUUCACUGCAAUCAUUAGUACUGCUAAAUUUGCUUGAAAGAAAUGAUUUUGUAUGCUAGUAACUAAUCUGGGGAAGUUCAUAAAUUAAAAUGUCCAAGCAGCUAAUGUAGUGCUGUUCUUGAACGCAGUGUUAUUAGAAAUCUUCUAGAUAUGGAUGAGUUUAAGCGUUAUCUCAGAUUAAUUGAAAAUCAUGAAAUGACUUUUGAGAAAGAUAAAAAGUUUUGCCCAGUAGCAGAAUGUGAAGGAGUUAUAGAAAGAAAAGCAAAUUAAAAGAAAACAAUAUGCUAAAAAUGCUAGAAUAAUGUUUGCUUUGAUUGCCAAAGUAUCUGGCAUGAAAAUGAGUCUUGCGAAAAAUAUUAGGAGAAGAAUUGUGUAAACUGGGCUGAUUGCAAAGGUGCUUAAAGAUGUCCUAAAUGUAAGACCUUGAUUGAAAAAAAUGAAGGAUGUAAUCAUAUGACUUGCUACAAAUGUUAGCAUGAUUUUUGCUGGGUAUGUGGAUUGCCUUUUAAUCAUAUAAUUCACUCGAAAAAAAUGGUUUUUUUCUUCUAUAAGUGUUCUAUGAUUGAAGUUAAAGGUAAAUUGUGUAUUUUGAAGAAAACAUUUUGCUUUUUAGCUUUUACUUUCAUUUUCAUUCCGUUGAUGAUGCUUUUGCUGCCAUUUUUUAUUUGUUUCGUAUUUGGAGUGGCAGUUCCAUUUUAUCUUUUUAAAACGGCUAAUAGUGCAUUUUCAUGCUGCUUGCUAGUUAUUUGCUUUUUACCAUUAUUUGCAAUAUCUAUAGCUUUAUCUGUUGCUAUAGGCUCAUUAGGAAGCGCCUUAAUAUUUACUUUUGGAUUUAUUCCAGCCGAAAUUUUAAAUAUUUAUUUGUACUGUCGAAUGGUUCAUUGGUGGUAAAGAGGUAGAUUAUAAAAAUGA